GGGAGCGCGGCAGUGGCGGCCUGGUCCAGUGAGGCUAUCAGGCAAGGGCGCCCGCUCCCUCCCGUUCUUCAAUCGCUGCAGGGCCGAAGAGAGAGGAGGAUGCCUGUGCUCUGAGCGAGGGCCCCGCAGCGCGGUGGAGGCAGUGACGCCCGCCCCAGAAGCAGUGAACCAUGCGAGAUCUAACAGCUCACGUAACGAGCAGUCUGCUGCAGUUUCCAGAAGUGACUGUACAAGCUCUUGGAGAAGAUGAGAUAACGCUAGACCCUGUACUUAAUGGAGCAUUCACUGGAGGGCGAAGUGGGCUGGCUUGCCUGGUGUGUGGACCUCAACUUGAAGUAAUAAACCCAGUCACAGGACAGCGACUGUCUGCAUAUCGUUUCAGUGGGGUGAAUGAACAGCCUCCCACUAUCCUUGCAGUGAAAGAGUUUUCCUGGCAAAAAAGAACUGGACUGCUAAUUGGUUUGGAAGAAACGGAAGGAAGUGUUCUGUGUUUGUAUGAUCUUGGAAUAUCCAGAGUGGUUAAAGCAGUUGUUCUUCCUGGAAGGGUUACUGCGAUAGAACCCAUAAUUAACCAUGGAGGAGCCAGUUUGACAACCCAGCAUUUGCACCAGAGUCUCAGGUGGUUGUUUGGUGUAGCAGCCGUGGUUACAGAUGUUGGACAUGUCCUUCUGAUUGAUCUUUGUCUAGAUGACUUGUCAUGUAGCCAGAAUGAAAUAGAGGCAUCUGACCUAGAAGUUAUCACUGGAAUCCCUCCUGAAAUACCUCAAAUAAGGGAAGCCAUCACAAGGAAAGGUCGGCAUCUCUGUUUCCAGCUACUGAAUCCAUCUGGAACUUCUGUGAGAACUCUCUCAUACAUACACAGGAUCAACCAGUUAAUUGUGGGUUUUUCUGAUGGUUACCUCUCAUUGUGGAACAUGAAAAAUCUGAAGAAAGAAUAUCACUCCCAGUUAGAAGGAGGUAGGAUUCCUGUCUAUGCUGUUACUUUUCAGGAACCUGAAAAUGAUCCUCGCAACUGUUGCUACUUGUGGGCUGUUCAAUCAACACAAGAAAGUGAAGGGGAUGUUGUUAGCUUACAUUUGCUGCAGUUGGCCUUCAGUGACAGAAGACCUUUGGCAUCUGGGCAAAUCAUGUAUGAGGGUUUGGAGUAUUGUGAAGAAAGGUACAGCCUGGACCUUACAGGGGGCGUUUUCUCUUUGAGAGGGCAGACAAGCAACACCAAAUUAAUUGGCUGCCAGACUAUAGAAAAAUUUCGAAGCCAUGUUGACAGAGAAGAUAGCAUUAAUGAAGUUGUAUCGCCUGACACAAGUGUCUCAGUCUUUAGCUGGCAAGUGAACACAUAUGGUCAAGGCAAACCAUCUACCUAUUUAGGUGUAUUUGAUAUAAAUCGCUGGUACCACGCUCAGAUGCCAGACUCAUUAAGACCAGGGGAAUUCCUACACAAUUGCCCAUAUUUUGCAUUAUGGUCCCUGGAUUCUGUGGUGAGCAUGACAAAUCCACAUCGCAUCUUGGAUAUCCUGGUGCAUGACCGGAGCUUAAGUCGUGGUGUGCCUCCAUCAUAUCCUCCACCUGAACAGUUUUUUAACCCAAGCACCUAUAACUUCGAUGCCACUUGUUUGCUGAACUGUGGAGUUGUUCAUAUAACUUGCACGGGGUUUCAAAAGGAUACUUUGCAUUUCUUAAAACUAUCUGGUGGCUCUUUAAAUGAAACCAUUCCUGAUAGUUACAAUAGAUGUCUUAUAGCUGGCUUGCUUUCUCCAAGAUUUAUUGAUGUACAGCCUUCAAGUCUCACUCAGGAGGAACAGUUGGAAGCUGUAUUAUCAGCUGCUGUCCAAACUAGUUCUUUGGGUCUCCUCACAAGCUGCAUCAAGCAGUGGACCAUGGAAGAACAACCAGAUUCUGCCCCCAACUUGCGCUUUGUUCUUGAAUGGACAUGGAAUAAAGUGAUUAACACAAAAGAAGAGUUUGUUCGACUGUGUGUCCCACUGUUUGACGGAUCAUCUAACUUUAUUGAUCCACAAACACUACAGUCCUUGCAGCACUGCGAGUUGCUUCUUAGCAACCUUUACACAGUUUUAAACUGUUUUGUAACAGAGGCACAAGAACUCACAGAAAAAGGCAUUACAGAUUUAACAAAUAAACAGGCUGUGACCAGCAUUCUUUUGCAAUAUGUGCAAGUGGUCAUCUGGUUCUGUCGAUCUGGUCUUCUUCCUGAAGGCUUAGAUGAAGAUAUGCAGUUGUCAAAACCUUUCUACAGUUACCAGAACAUACAGCGCUUCUGUGUCACCAGCCGUCAGAAAUUAGAACGCUCCUCAAGAGGCAAAUGGAAUCCUGACUGCUUGAUGAUUGAUGGAAUGAUUUGCCAGUUGGGUGACACCAUCACGAAACUGUGGCAAAGAGAUGAUGGGGGGACAGGGAAGUAUCCUCCUCCUACGUUACAUGCACUCCUUGAUCUCUAUAUGUUGGAAAAUACAGAAGAACUCUACAAGCAUGCAAUUACAAUUUAUUUACUUUUGGACAUCAUGCAUUCCUGUCCAAACAAAACUAAUACUACAGUGGACUCUUUCCCAACUGCCUUUGCUGUCCCUGUGGGACUGGUUAAUCUAAUUCAGGGUUAUUGGUGCUUGGAUCACAGUGACUACGAGAACUCUCUUACCUAUCUGUUUCAUCCAACUACAAUCAAAUUGCCUUGGCAGCACAUGCGAAUAAUUCAAGUCUUCAUGUGCCAAGGAGAGCACAGGCGAGCACUCAGAUACAUACAGAUGAUGAAGCCGUCAUUGACCAGCAGCAGUGAAGUUGCACUUCAUCUUACUGUGUUACUGUUUAAUAGUUGUAUGGUGGAAGCAUGGAGUGUGUUGCGGCAACAUUCUACCAGAUUAAACGUAGAAGGAAUGCUUAAACAUGUGUACGAAGUCUGCCAGGAGCUUGGACUGAUGGAAGACUUGCUGAAACUGCCAUUCACAGACACAGAGCAAGAGUGUCUAGAGAAGUUCUUGCAGACAAGUGCUGAUGUUCAUAAUCAUGAGUUCCUUUUAGUUCACCACCUCCAGCGUGCCAACUAUGUUCCUGCACUACAAUUGAACCAGUCAUUAAAGAUUAAUCUUCUGAAUGAUCGUGAUCCCCGUUGGAGAGAGAGAUCAGUUGCCAGAAAUUCUAUAUUAGAACAGUAUGGAAAGGUCCUGCCUAGAGUACAAAGGAAGUUAGCUGUUGAGCGAGCCAAACCAUACCAUUUGCCUUCAUCACUUCGGCGGGAAGUUUUAAGACCAAAGCCAUUAUCAACAAUUGCAAAGCAUGUUGCUACAGGGAAUGUAAUUACAAAAGCAACUUUCAUCAGUAAUGUACUUUCCAAAAUUGGAGAGGUGUGGAUGGGAGCAGAACAGAAAAGAAAAUCAUUUCAAAAUGAUAGUACUGAGGAACAGCCAUCCAGACUGGACUGUUGUGCUGACACAGAGUUACCUGAUCCAUUUGUAGGAACCCCUGUUACUAAAUCUUUAAGGAAAUGCUCCAGAUUGCUCGAUUUGGUGGUUCAGCCUGUUGGUCUUUGCUCUCCUCCCCUUGGAAGUAAUUUGCAGGUGUCGCCAAGAGCUUCUUGCAUGCUUUCUAGUCCAUUGCGCUCAAAUCCUCGAUGUUCCAUGCUGCUACAUAAGAACCUCACAAGUGCACCAGAAUUAAAAUUACUGGAAACUCCUGCAGUUGUUAAGAGAGCUAAAGCUUUGACAUCUACAUCUUCCUCUGGCUUCCCUGGUUUUACUCCACAGUCUAUUUUGAGAUCUAGUCUUCGUACUACACCAUUAGCUACUCCAACUGCAUCUCCAGGAAGGUCUAUUACUCCACCUCUGCGUGCAAAAGAAACAAAAAUAUCAUUUAUGGAAGAACGAAAAACUUCAGAAUGGACUGCUAGGGUGACGAAUCAUAAAACAAGACACAGUGUAGUUUCAUCUGAGUGUGAUCUUGAAGCUCACAUGGAAGACAUAUGGUCUGAGACUAGAGAAGUGCCCUCCUUUCCAUCAUGUAGUGCUCAGGAAGACCAUGAAGAGACUGACCUGUCCACAGAGAGCAUACCAGAAGAUAACUUGGACAAAUCGGAACCUUUUGUAGAAACUAGCAAUAUUUCUCUCAAGAUGGACCAAACUACUCUGGAAUAUCAUGAGGCAAAAUCACGAGGUGACACUGGAAAUAUCAUAGCCUAUCUUCACUCUGAUUAUUCAAAUGAGGACGUCUUAAACAUAUCAGAAUCAGCUGAAAGAAAAGGCAAUGAGAUAACUGAAAGUGAAUCUUUGCAAAUGGAACCACGGACAUCUUCAGAUGUAGAACAGUUGGCUGGAUUUCCUGAAAAGAAAGAAGAGGGAUGUGGCACCUUCCCUGAGGAUGAAGUAUUGGCAAUAGAUCACUUAAAUGCUAUCCAAGAUCCUGUAGUUUCUUCUCAUGUUCCAUCUAAUAGAAGUGAAACACUUAUCCUGGAAUCCAGCAUGCCCCCAUUGUUGGAAGACAACAGACUCUUUUCUGAAACAAGUACCAAAGCUUUGGAGCCAGCAGGAGCAGAUGCCAAAUCUGUCAUCAGUAUUCUGGACAGUGAGGAUAUUGCCAGUAUUUAUUCCAAAACUGAGUUUGAAGAAAAAGAAGCAGCAGUACUUGAAGAAAGAACAGAAGAAACUAUAAAAGAAAGUUUAGUAGAAGAAACACCAUCUACCAGUCGAACCAAGAACCAAGAAGCAAAUCUUUUACAAGGUGGAACACCUACGAUACAAGUUUCAGAAACUAUUGUAGAGACUCUCCCAAACAGUGAGCAGUGUCCCGCAAAUACUGUUCAGUAUCAGCACAAUUGUGAAGCUGUGGAGCAAGAAGCUGCAUGCGAAUUGCUUGAUAAAGAUGCUGGUGAAUGCAGCUUUUCUGAAGGAGAAGAAUUACUGAUACCUCAGGACAACUUCACAUUAAUACUAGAAGGGGAUGAAGAAGCUGAAAUAGGAGAGACUACUGCAAUGCUUUCUUUUCCUCUGAAAUCAGCUAGCCCAAAAUCAGAGGGAGAGUGUAUAAAUAAUACUGAAAGUAACAACCAAGAAUGCAUUACAAAUGCGGUAUCCACAGUAACUAGUGAUCAGAUAUCCCAGAAUACUACCAGGGAAUUGCCUUAUGUACCUGAACCUAUUAAAAUGGCUAUUGCAGAAAACCUAUUAGAUGUAAUCAAAGACACAAGGAAUAAAGAAUUUUCAUCUGAAGUAGUAGAACAAUCUAUUCAUGAAAGCAUAAGCAAGAAGAUACUAAGUUCCCCCAAGGAUCCACUAAGAAAUAUUUCUGACAUAAACCAAGAGAUGAAAAUAAAUCAGGUAGAAAACAUUGUGACAUCUAGUACAGGUACAACAGAGCAGAUGGCUGUAGGUCUAAAUGUCCUAUUACCUGAUGUUCAGCCAUUGACAGAGACAAGUAAACCAGAUACACUGGUACUGCCUACACCAAGGAGAAGUACUAGGCGAGGAAAAGAUACUUCUAACAUUCCUGAAAACCACUCCCAUCGUUCUAAAAGAAAACACCACAAACAGCAACCUCCCCAUGCUCUUAAUUUUCCAGUUGCAGGCACCAAGGAAACAGGAGGGUGUAACCUAGAAAUAUCAACAAAUGUUCAUCCCAGUCCACAGGAGUUUCAGGCAACCAUUACUACGAGGAGAAGGGUUAGGAAAUUAAAAGAGAUUGAAUCAGAAUUUCAUAAACAUCCAAAUGAGCAGCCAACUUCUUCUAUCAAGAGGACUUCUAAAAAUACCAGAAGCUUAGCAGGAGAUCAAGAAGGUAAUCAGUUCAUCAUUGACCAUACGAUACAAAUGACAGUCAAUCCUAAGAGUGCGAGAAAGCUAAAAACCAUUGCUUUCAAACUUGCAGAAAAUGUAAUUUCAGAUCAGGAGGCAGAAUCAGAACAAGAGCGGCUGAGUGUUACACCGAAAAGAGGGCAACUAAAGAAACAUCGUAUAUUGAAAGUAUCAGCACAUACAGAAACACAAUCUGAGAAGUUACAGUUAUCUACACCAGUUAGAAGGGGCAGAAGUAGAGGUUCCAGUCUCCUGAAAGCCAUUUUUGAAGACAGCACACAACCACGUGAACCACAACUGCCCACCCCAACUAGACAGGAGAAAGUACAAAGUGGCAGUAGAACUGAGAAUGUUUCUGAUCAAGAGACUGAGGUAAUUGAACAGCCUGUGCGACGUAAAAGAGGUAGACCAAGAAAGAAUCCUCUGAAUGCUUCAGCAGAUUCAAAGCUGGAUUUAUCUUUGUUGUCAUCACCACCUCCUCCUCAGAUAAAUGUUACAUCUUUUGUUCCUAGUAGAAGAACUACUAGGAGUGCAGCAUUAAAUAAGUCCACUGCUAUAGCAGGUUUAUCUUCUCUACAAGAGACUACAGUGCACACCACAAAAAGGAGAUCUACAAGAGUUAAGUCUACAAGUAUAGAGAAAACAGAGGUGAAAAAAUCUGUUUCAGAGGAACAGUCUGAUGAACUGGCUUCAGUAAGGAGCUCUGAAAGGAGGCAAUCAAAGAUGACAGCAAUCAGAAAGAAGUGUGAACUUGCAUCACUCCCUGAAGAAAAUUCAGAAAUGAAACACUUGCCACAAGAUACUGAUAAUGCAGAGAAACUGCAGAUCAUGGACAUGACCAAACUGAGGCUUGGGGAAAUGCAGAGAACCAUGGCACAUCAUGGCUCUCAUGUUAAAAGGACCAGAUAUAGCAAAAAGAAUAUAAAAUCGAGCCUUUCCCUUGAUGGAGAUGAAGCAUUCUUUUUUUCUCCUCCUCUUACAAAGCUCACAGAGAAAUCUAAAGAUGAAAAAGUGAUGACCCCAGUACAACUCAAAGAUUUAGAUGCAGAUUUGGCUUCUCGGUUUGUCUUCUCACCCCCUGUUCUGAGGUCCAAGAAAAAGCAGGUGUCCAGUAUUUCAAGGAUUGUAGAAGAGCUGGAGUUACCAAUUAAAGAAGAAGAUGAUGCCAUCUCAAUAGAGACUUUGGAAAAACAGAAAGUAAAAAGAAGCAGGGCUAAAAGGUCAAGAGCAACAAAAACAACCAAACUCAUCGGUAAAGAUGGUAGUUGGUCGCCGCCACCAAUGGAAAUAAAAUUUAUUUCUCCUUUUGGCACCCCAGUGGAUGGAGCAAAAAGCAAACAGAAAGAACCUGUGGAUAAAGCGGAAAAGGCUAUUAAAAAGACUGUUUCUAGAAGGAGACUAUCUAGCUAUCCAAAGCCAGUUGUUCGGAAGAAGAUGCUAUAAUUGUUUUAAAAAUGUGUAAUGUACACCAAUGUUUGUAAAGUCAUCACAAUUGUGGGAAUAUUAAGAAAAAAUCAUUAAUUUGGAAGAUAAUUUAUAUAAAUUAUUGUAAAAUUUCAUAAAACUUAGUCUUCAAUGAGUAACUCCAUGUGGAGUAUGAUUUCUUCAGCCAACUCAGUUUUUCUAUUUUAUAAGACUUCAUACAUUUAUAUAAUAUGUAAAUACAUCUUAUUUUAGGAAUGUUAAAUAAAAAUGAAUACUUCACAAUAUGAUUGUCCACUAGAUUUUUGAAAGAGAAUAAUGGCGGCGUGAGAUGCAAAUAACUCAAAGGAGAUUUUAAUGAUGGCUUGCCACUGUUGCUGUCUCUUAGAUGGGAGGCUAAUCUCUUUUUUAACAGUUUGAUCUUGCAGAUGUUUUAAAUUAAAAUAUGGCAGUUUUAACAUUUAUAGAAAAUGUUUUGACUUUUUUGGAAUUGGUAAUAUGGAUUAUCCAUUGGAAUCAAAUUCUUUGCCUGGGUAAAUAUGUAUUAUUGAAGUCAGAAUGUAAACAAUUGUGUUGAAGCUGUGCAAUAUUUUUUUGUAUUUCGUCUUAACUUGGUAACGCUGCUCUUCAGUUUAUAAAAGAAAGUCUCACCUCA